AUGACUACGCUUUACGCAAAUAACCAUGUUGUUUUGGCAUGGUUGUUGCACAAUUUUUUAUCAUUUAACCCAGGCCGCUCCAAGGGCUUUGGGUUUGUCGAGUACGCCGAGCCCAAGGGUGCUGAAGAAGCUGUUGAAAAAAUGCGCGAUCAAGAACUUGAUGGUCGUACCGUUCGCGUUGAUAUCUCUAAUCCCCGCCCGCCUCGUGAUGGUGGUGGUUAUCGUGGUAGAGAUCGCGGAGGCGAUCGUGGGGGUGAUCGCGGAGGUGAUCGUGGGGGUGAUCGCUUUGGAGGUGGUGGCCGUCGUGAGCAUGGUGGCGAAAGAUCUUCUUUCAGAGGUGGUGAUCGCGGCGAGCGUCGUGAAUAUGGAGACCGCAAGCCCUUUAGCAAGCCAUAUGACCGUCCUUCUGGUGACCGUGGUGGUGACCGUGGUGGCGACCGUAAUGGCGAUCGCUCUUCCAAUGAUCGUAAACACUACGAUGAAUAG